GUACGCGGGGGGAGAUGGUGCCCCCCGGAACGCGGACUCCCCCCUCACCCCCACAUGCGCGCUCGACUUCAAAAAAGACGUAUGCGACACAAGCGAGGAUGACAGCAAUACGGGCAGCAGCUGUGAUGGACUUGGAGACUCCAGCUGUAAUUUGGGACUUGCUGGAGCUCGGCUGGGGACUCCAGUGGACUUGAUUGGUAGUGAAGGAAGCGAUCAGGCGAGACUUCAUCUCAAGAGAAAACUUCAGCGCAACCGGACUUCUUUUACCAACGAUCAGAUCGAUAGUUUGGAGAAAGAGUUCGAGCGCACGCAUUACCCUGACGUGUUCGCCAGGGAGCGACUGGCUGCCAAGAUAAACCUGCCGGAGGCCAGGAUACAGGUUUGGUUCAGCAAUCGUCGCGCCAAGUGGCGGCGGGAAGAGAAACUACGCAACCAACGACGUUCUAACACCAGCACCAACACCAACAAUAACACAAACAAUAGUAAUUCUGCCGUCUCUAAUGGUAUUAUUGAUCAUUCUUCGGGAACUAAUAACGGUGCUGUCAACGGGGGUAUAAUGGGGGAUAGUUCCCCCACAUCCAGGGUACUCGCCCCAAGUUAUACCCCAACUCCACCCAUGUAUACCCCGCUACCGCCCCCACCCCCCUCCCAUCACAUGAAUACCGUCGAUAGCUUCGGAUCCAUGCUGGGGCCUAACCCAGCGUCCAGUCCCUUCGGUAUGCCUCCAAGUUCCACCGCCAACACCCACUUGAUCCCCCAACACCCACACCAACCUCCAACCCCACCCACACCCAUACACCCAUCUAACCCAUAUAUGCGUAACGGUUAUGACCCAUCUUUUUACCCAUCUAGUAGACAUUCACCACCUACUACCAUGCUUUACCCUUCACAACAUCCGUUACAUCAUCACCCUGGUCAUCACCACCAAUCUCAUCAUCUACAGCAUCUACAUCAUCCACAGCACCAGCAACACCCACAGCAUCACCAGCAUCAUCACCAGCAUCAACUCACACACAAUCUACACGCAGAAUAUUUAGCCACCAACGCCUCUUCAAUAUCACAAGCAGGCGUUGUACCUCCCGGGAUGUCGGUGCCUCUCGCUGUGGCUCACGACUCAUCGAACUCUGCAUACUGGGCACCCCGGCUACACUGACAGUAUUAUACUGGGUAGUGCGGCAGCGACAGUAUUAUACUGGGUAGUGAGGCACUGACAGUAUUAUACUGGGUAGAGCUGCACUGACAGUAUUAUACUGGGUAGUGAGGCACUGACAGUAUUAUACUGGGUAGAGCUACACUGACAGUAUUAUACUGGGUAGUGCAGCAGCGACAGCAUUAUACUGGGUAGUGAGGCACUGACAGUAUUAUACUGAGUAGAGAUACACUGACAGUAUUAUACUGGGUAGUGCAGCAGUGACAGCAUUAUAAUGGGUUGUGCUGCAGUGAAAGUCUUACAGUUUCGUGAUCAUCGCCAGGGCAGUCCAGGAGUGUCUGUGCAUAAAACAAACCCACAACGAUAUCAUUUGUGAUUUUCCGUAAUAAUUUAACAAAAUUUCUAAGCUUUAUUGUUUUGACUGCUAUAAACGAAGCUCAAGACAAACUUUGAUAUUAUCUGUCUGCAUUUAAAUUCAUUUGGAACCGCUGAAUAUGAGGCGUAUGUAUCAGUAAUAUAUGCUUAAUAUUAAUUGAUCAUAAUAGCUUAUCAUGAAUCAGGUUCAAAAAAUCGAAUUCAAUUCUGAUGAAUCUUUUGAUAUAUUUGUCGUCGCACUUAUGAACAUGGCACCUCCUUUGGUACGGAAUUACAAUUGAAAUUAUUGGCGAGUGCCCGGCAGAAAAAUUUCUCUUCACCAAAUUUCUGCCAAUUAUACGCCAAUAAUUUUGCUUGUAAUUGUAAAUAUGUAUUAAAGUGUACGUAUAAAUCUUUUAUUUGUAUAAUGUUCUCUGUAGAUUUAAUCAUAAAAUGAUGCAUUUAAAUUUUGGAACUUUAGAUUUUCCAACAACUCCUUGUUAAAAAAUUUUGGCCCAACACUUUCACGCUAGCGUUUCGAGAAUAUUUUCCAUGAGCAUAGUUUUCUCUCAUAACCGAUUUUCUUCGCCAAGCUUCCGAAAAAAAUUUUCAUGGAAUUUUAUUUUUUGGCCUCAAUAUUUUGAUUAAAAUGGUAUUAGUUUUAUUUGAAGCUUACAAAUGCUUGAAAAGUCGGUUGAUUCAUGGAGCAGUGUUGAAAAAAUUUUGGUUCUUCAUUUCUUCAUAAGCAGCAGAGAUUGGAUGCGACUAAGCAUACGACAUUACAGCAUUGAUAUAAAAUGCAUGCGGAGUGUUGAACUACGCUGAUGGUGAUGAUGUUAAAAUCUAAGCAUGUAAAGUCAUCAACAAUCCACAGAGAAACUAGAGAGAAGUAGGAUGGUAAUCCAAUUUAAUAAAGCGUUUAAUUGUUGCAACCAAUAUUAUUCUGUGACUUUGAAAAUAAACUUGUUUUUAUUUUAAAAUGAAAAUUUCGAAACAGGCACUGGAGACCGAUGCCGGCAUGAAAUGAACCGUUAAUUGAUCAGUUUACGACAUUGAAACAAGUGAACACCGGCAUAUUAAAGGCAGUCAAAUAGAGUAUUAACUAAAGCAAUCGACUUAAUUGUCCUUUGGGGAACUAUUCCUUGCACAUGAAAAGAAUCUUCAGUUAAUCAAAUAAUUUAAAUUCAGUUAUAUACUAUUUGAAUUUUUGA